CGUGGCUAUAACCAUUGUUAUAAGUAAAUCGUAUCUCUUGGUGGAUUUCACUUGCUUUUUGAUAAAAUGUUCCUUGGCAUAUUGUUUCUUGGGGUGAAUAUCGUUUUAGCGAGGGCUAGCACAAUUAGAUCAGGAUGUGCAAUAUCCAUUAAUCGGGACCUUUCGAAUCCCCAGCCGCUUGUUCUUAGGCCCGAAGGGGGUUCAUCCACUAACGAUGCAUUUUAUUUGCCUGACGACACCGCUGGUACCAUAAAUUUUUCUGUUGGGCAGGAAAUUACCAUUGCGUGUCCAAGUGAAAGGGUUGUGGUGGAUGGUACGGAUCAGGGGGUAGAAACAGCAAACAUUACUUGCGUUUCAGCUAAAAGUUUUCAAUUUGGAAAUAGAAAUGUCCGUUUUGACACCAUUACCUGCACAAAUUAUUCGUACCACGUUGCCCAGUACAAUGGGGAAAGUUGUUUGAAUGGCAGAGGUAGAGAAAUAUCGAUCGGAUUUGAAGUCCAGAGCCGAUGGAUCAAUCAAAUCACAUCGUGUUUCGCCAGUAGUACCCAAGACGUAUUGUACACUGUAUUCAACAUGACCAAAACAAUUUUGGGAUACCAAACUGGAUUUCCAAGACCGUUUUGGUCGGACGGCGGCUUUUACAAUACAAAUCCAUCAGUUGAUAGCCUUUAUGGUAGAGCAACUCAAAGAAGUACCAUUAACAGUAUUUUGGGAUUGAACUCGAAUGACACCAGAUACAUUCAGCCCACUAAUAAUUUCUUCUUGACAAGAGGACAUUUCGCGGCCAAGGCUGAUUUUAUUUUUGGGGCACAGCAUAGGCUGACCUUUUAUUUUGUAAAUGCUGCUCCCCAGUUUCAAACUUUCAAUGGGGGAAAUUGGAACACUUUGGAAAAUAAUGUGAGAAGUUUCAGUGCGAAUCGACAACUUGAUCUAGUGAUUUAUACCGGUGGUCAUGGGGUCACAAGUCUGCCCGAUGUCAACGGUAACCAACAAGACUUAUACUUGUACAAGGAUUCGAAUAACAAUUAUGCCAUAAGCGUGCCGAGGUUGUAUUGGAAGGUUUUGUAUGAACCUGAGAACAAAACUGCCAUUGCUUUCGUAGGAGUGAACAACCCUUAUCAAUUGAUACGAGAAAAAGAUAUUUUGUGCACUAAUAUCUGCAGUCAGGUCAAUUGGUUGACAUGGAAAGCUAAUGAUAAUACCUUGGGGUACAGUUAUUGUUGCGAUGUUCGCGAACUAAGGGGAAAUGUCACUAAUAUUCCAAAUUUUACAGUGAAUGGUAUUUUGUUAGGACGAGAAAUCUUAAUUCCUUUCUUGACUCUCGACAAAUUGGGUUUAAAGGUCAUCGAGGGAUCGUUUCCGUUCAGUAAGGAAGACGACGGUGGCAGCCCUCGAGAAGACCAGAGACAAGACAAGGGCUGGCUUAUUAAUUUGGUCUCACUUGUAUAUGCGCAUCAACACAUGAUUUUGAGCAUUUUUGAUAAAAUGUUGCUCGGGGUGUUCUUUCUUAUUGGGGUGAAUGUUAUUUUGGUGAGAGCAAGCACAAUUAGAUCAGGAUGUGCAAUAUCAAUUAAUGUGGACCUUUCGGACCCCCAGCCGCUUCUUCUAAAACCGAAAAGGGGUUCAACCACUAAUGACGCAUUUUAUUUGCCUGACGAUUCCUCUGGUACCAUAAAUUUUUCUGUUGGGCAACAGAUUACCAUUGCAUGUCCAAGAAGGAGAAUAUUGGUGGGUGGUACGGAUCAGGGGACGGACACAGCAAACAUUACUUGCGUUUCAGCUAAAAGGUUUCAGUUUGGAAACAGAAAUGUCCGUUUUGAUACCAUUACUUGCACAAAUUAUCCAUUCCAUGUGGCUCGUACCAAUGGAAAAACUUGUCUGAAUGGCAGAGGUAGAGAAAUAUCGAUCGGAUUUGAAGUCCAGAGCCGAUGGAUCAAUCAUAUCACAUCGUGUUUCGCCAGCAGUUCCCAAGACGUAUUGUACACUGUUUUCAAUAUGACCAAAACCAUUUUGGGAUACCAAACUGGGUUUCCAAGACCGUCUUGGAUGGACGGCGGCUUUUACAAUGCAAAUCAAUCGGUUGAUAGCCUUUAUGCGAGAGCAACUCAAAGAAGAACCAUUAACAGCAUUCUAGGAUUGAGUUCGGGUGAUACCACUUACAUUCAUUCCACGAAUAAUUACUUCCUGGCGAGAGGACAUUUCGCGGCCAAGGCUGAUUUUGUUUUUGGGGCACAGCACAGGCUUACCUUUUAUUACGUAAAUGCAGCCCCCCAGUUUCAAACAUUCAAUGGGGGAAAUUGGAACACUUUGGAAAGUAAUGUAAGAAGUUUCAGUGCGAAUCGACAACUUGAUCUAGUGGUUUAUACCGGUGGUCAUGGGGUCACAAGUCUGCCCGACGUCAAUGGUAAACAACAAGACUUAUACUUGUACAAGGAUUCGAAUAACAAUUAUGCCAUAAGCGUGCCGAGGUUGUAUUGGAAGGUUUUGUACGACCCCAAGACCAAAACUGCCAUUGCUUUCGUGGGAGUGAACAACCCUUAUCAACUGAUACGAAGAAAAGAUGUUUUGUGCACUGAUAUUUCCAGUCAAGUCAAUUGGUUGACAUGGAAAGCUAAUGAUACUACCUUAGGGUACAGUUAUAGUUGCGAUGUUCGCGAACUGAGACGAAAUAUCACUAAUAUUCCAAAUUUUACAGUAAGAGGCCUUUUGUUGUAAUGCCAAUGAAAAGUAUAUUUUUUGUAAUA